AUGCAAUCCGAUUUUAGGAACUUCAUGCGAAAGCCUUCCCGAGGAAAUCGGCAUCGUUUGCCCCGUUUUAGAGAAAACAACACCGUUACUUAGGACCCGCAACGAGUCCGAAUUAUCGACGGUUUGGAUCACAGAAAAUUGUGCCCACGAGUACAAACUGAAAGCAAAACGUUCCGCAGUGGCGGGAGUUUCCUUUCUCGGAGCAACGGCAGUAGCAGCAAUACCCGAUAGAAAUUCCACCAAACCCUUGCUUUCUCUCAGAUGCCUUCAAAUCCUUAAAUUGCUUGCAAUCCUCCCAUCCCAGCGAUGGAUUCGAUAUUCGCUGCAGCUUUGGAAGAGAUUUGCCUCGAAGGCCGCAACGGCAUCGCCCUCCCUAAUCUAUGGAUGAGAUUGCAGAAUCAUCCCUCUUUAGCUGGUCUCGACCCUUGCAGUGCCGUCAAGGAAUCAAUCUGGAACAGGCUUCUCAACAUUGCUGGCAUGCAGUUCGAAGUACGGGGCUCCACCUUUGCUCCUGACGAGCCUUCAAUCCGAACUGUCCAAGGAUCGGAGAAGCUAGGGCUAAAGAUCAUCGCCCCGGAGCGUCUCAGGGACAGCUUCUUGGGUCUCGAUGACCUGAAAGCUGCUGAUGGCAAGACUUCAGAAGAUCAGCGACGCCUGCUUGAGCGGAUUGCCAUCACCAGAACAAAUGGGAUAACACAGAGUCAACUUGCAAAGGAAUUUGGUAUGAAAGGAAAUGACCUUUUUUACCCAGUGAGGAACCUUGAAUGCCGGCGGUUGAUCGUGAGGCAAUCCACCAUUGUAAGGAGAAAAGAACCUGCCAUUGAGGGAGAAAAAUCGGAAAAUAGCACCAACUGCAGUCCUAUUGCUACAAAUUUGAUACAUUUAUGUCGUUAUGCAAAGCAUUUGAAUUUGAGUUCUCAACAAAGGCUUGAGAUUACAAAGCCUGAUACAGUAGAAAGUUUUGGCAAUGUAGAUGGGAAUACUUUGACUGGAGUUGGUGUUUCUGGAGAAAGUAGCAAAGAAGAUGUGCUUGUAAAAGAUUAUGUACCUGAGCUGAAAGCUGUCUGUGAUAAACUUGAAGAAGCCGGUGGCAAGGUUCUUGUUGUGUCAGAUAUUAAACAAGCACUUGGCUAUAGGAAGACUCCAGGUCAUAGAGCGUGGAGAAAUAUUUGUAACCGGUUGAAAGAUGCUCGCUUGGUGGAAGAAUUUCGUGCAGAAGUAAACAAAAAGGUUGUCAAUUGUUUACGUUUAUUGAAGAAAUUUGAUCCAAAAAGUUUUCAGCCAAAGACUGCAGUGUUUGCAUAUGAUGAUUUUGAUACAGACCAGCCAGAUAAAUGUGGAAACAAGGGACAAACAAGCGACCUGCUUGUAGAGCUUCCCAUUGAGCAUCAAGUGUAUGAUAUGGUUGAUGCUGAAGGCUCAAAAGGGAUAACUGUUAUGGAGGUUUCCAAACGCCUUGGACUGAAGAGAAGUAAAAAUCGACUUCAGAAUAUGUUCUCAAGGUUUGGAAUGCCCCUCCAGUCAGAAAACCAUAACAAGUCGUCGCUUUAUCGAGUUUGGACGCCAAGAAACUUCAGCCAUAAGGAGUGUCAUAGCUAUGAUGAGAGUAAGCAGUUGGUUAUUGGUGGAACAGGUCCGGGUUUAGGCAAUGAGAUUACAGGUACAAGUUAUGAUGUAAAAACUGACACGGUGAAUGAAGUGCCUGAAUCAGGUGCUCCUCCACUGGAAGCAUCCGUUCCCAUUUCAUCAAUCCCAUCAAAGCUUCGAUCUAGUCAGAGGUAUCCAUGCCUUCCAACUGCUGUUGGGGUCCAAAGGGAACAAAGGAUACUUGAAAGAUUGCAGAAUGAGAAGUUCAUCCUAACAGCUGAGCUUCAUAGGUGGCUUGAGGGUCUUGAGAAAGACAAGCCCACUGCGAUGGCCAGGAAGACCUUAACUCGUCUUUUGAACAGGCUUCAACAAGAAGGGCAUUGUAAAUGUGCUCUAGUUACUGUUCCUGCUGUGACUAAUUGUGGCCGUAGCCGUACAGCGGAAGUGGUUUUGCACCCAUCUUUUGUGGAUUUCACCCCUGCUCUUUUGACUCAAAUUCAGGAAAAGUUGAGACUUUUCGAUAUGCAAAGUCGUGGACAAGGAUUAGCUCGAUCAAAGAAUGAUCAAUCUGUGCCUGUAUUAACAGGUAUAAAGAGGACUUCGACUUGUAUAGCUUCAGAUGCCCAAGUUAAAGCUGAAACUAUGCGAGCUAAUGGAUUUGUUCCUGCCAAGAUGGUUCGUGCAAAGCUGCUGCAUAACUUUUUGUGGGGUUACUUAUGCAGUUUACCUGAUUGGCAUGAUGCUUUAUCCUCUGGAAAGCAUGGCUAUGACCUGAAGAAUCCUCACAGCACUUGCAAAUUGUUUGCACUGGAUGUUGCUUUAAAGGCAAUGCCACUUGAGCUGUUUCUACAAGUUGUAGGGUCGACACAAAAUUUUGAGGAUUUGCUUGAGAGUUGCCGGCAUGGAUUGCGUCUGUCUGAUCUUCCAGUGGAGGAAUACAAGUCACUGAUGGCUAAUCAUGCAAAUGAGCGACUCUCACGUGUUAUUGAUAUUUUAAUGCGGCUGAAGUUGAUUCGACUAGUUACUGAAGAAUGCGUGGGAGCAAUAGAUAAAGGUCCUUGCGCCAUUCUUAUGCAUGCUAUGGAACUUAAACCUUACAUUGAGGAACCUCUAUUUAGAGCCCUACGAUCUUCAAGUGUACAUUCUUCUGAUCUCAGACCAAGAAUCAGACACGAUUUUAUCUUAUCGAAUAAGGAGGCUGUUGAUGCGUAUUGGAAAACUUUAGAAUAUUGUUAUGCUACGGCUGAUCCAGUAGCCGCAUCGCACGCAUUUCCUGGGUCUGCCAUUCCUGAGGUUUUCCUUUGCCGCUCAUGGGCAUCAGCUCGGGUUAUGGCUGCUGACCAACGUGCAGAGCUGCUGAAACGUGUGGCAAAUGAUGUUCCAGAUAAAAAAAUUCCAUUCAAAGAUUGUGUUAAGAUUGCUGCAGAGUUAAAUCUUUCCUUAGAGCAGGUGCUCCGUGUUUCAUAUGAUAAGCGGCGAUCACGUCAUCCUGUAUUUCUAGGAGAGCAGGACACAAAAAAUCAUGUAUCCAUUGCUAAGAAAAGGAAGAUAUCUUCAGAAAACAAGUCACUGAAGCAUGUAAAGUCAGACACUGUAACUGGAGAAUUAACAAGAUCGCCUCUUCUAUCUGAUAGUGAUUUGAAAAACACGGAACAAGAAAAUUGCUGCCCUACAUCUAUGGAAGACCAUGAGAUUGGCGUUCAAACAUGUGAUGAGGUCAAUCAUCCCAAUGCUGUUGAAGAGUUGGAGACAAAUGAAGAAGAUGGGGAGAGUUCUUCUUUUAUUAGUCAGUUUGCCUUUUCAAGGCUGAGGCCAACACGUCGAAAAAAGUUUUCAUGGACAGAAAAUUCAGAUAGGCAAUUGGUGAUCCAAUAUGCAAGACAUCGUGCAGCCCUUGGGGCAAGGUAUCAUCGUGCUGAUUGGGCCUCUAUUUCUGACCUUCCAGCACCUCCAGAUACUUGCAGAAGAAGAAUGGCCAUGUUGAAUAAUGAUCCAAAUAUUAGAAGAGCAGUGAUGAAACUUUGUAACCUGCUUGGUGAACGAUAUGUUAAACACCUGGAUAAAAUAAGUGAAAAGGAACUCAUGAAGCAUGGUAGCUCUGGGCAAACUUUUCAAAAUUCACCAUUAGUGGGGAUUCUUACCGACUCCCAAGCUCAUGAAAAUACUUUAGGGUCACACUUCAAGGAAUACUUUUGGGAUGAUUUUGAAGAAGAGAAUAUUAAGAUGGCUGUUGAUGAGGUGAUUUACUACAAGCGGAUGGGUAAACCAGAGACUUGUAGAAGCAGGCGCGAAAAAGAGUGGCCAGAUCUUCCCCAAGUUGAUGAGACAAAUCCAAGCAUCAUUCAUGACUCACAUCAAAUAUCUGGAUUAAUUUCAUCAUCCAAUCCUGGCAAAGGAAUUCACAACUAUGUUGAAAGAGAAGUGAAAGAUCACCGUAUGGUUUUCUUUGCGAGUCGAAGUAGGUCAAGUUCUCAACGCCUUGGAAAGUUUCAAAAGCUUUGGAACGAUGGAGGCAUCAGUAAAAAGGUUUGUGGAUCAUUGUCAAUAGCCAAUGCCGUUGAGCUCUUGAAGGUGGUAUUCCUGAGUACCUCUGCGGUGCCCGAAGUGCCGAAACUGCUAGAAGGGACUCUCCGGCGUUAUUCCAAGCAUGAUAUUUUUGCGGCGUUUAAUUACCUUAGAGAGAGGAAAUUCAUGGUUAUCGGGCAAGGCAGUCAACCAUUUGUCUUUUCCCAGAAGUUCUGGCAUGAUGCCACUUCUUCCCCAUUUCCAGAUAACACAGGAAAGAGGGCAGCAAACUUUGCAAAUUGGCUUCAUAAAAGAGAAGAGGAGCUCCUGCAGGAUGAGGCAAAUCUCAGUGCCGAUUUACAGUGUGGUGACAUUUUCCAUCUGUUUGCUCUAGUUUCUUCAGGUGAACUGUCCAUUUCACCUGUCCUGCCAGCCGAAGGUGUUGGAGAAGCUGACGAGCAGAGUAGUUUAAAGCGUAAAAUUGAUAAAAGGAAAUCAUAUUGUGAUGAGAAGUUUAAGAAGCAGAAAGUCCAUGAUUCAAAUAAUAGUGAUUCUCGUCGAGAAAAAGGUUUUCCUGGCAUCAAGGUAUCAUUAAGUCGUGCUACAUAUUCAAGAGCAGAAGCUGUGGACUUCUUCGCAAAUGAUGAGAAGCAUACAAGUUCUUGGUCUUAUGAUGAAACUAAUCUAUCUAAAUCCUUUUCUCAUCUUAUACCUGGUGGGACUGCAUCUCCUAUAAAGAAUUUGAAUCCAGACCAUAUAUUUGACAGUGGCGAUUCAGUAAAAAUGGCCCCCAAUGAACGUCUAUGGGAAGCUAUUACUAGUUAUGUUGAACUCUCAACAUCAAGACCUGCUGGUUGGGAACAACUGGCUCCUUUCUCUCUUCAGCUUUUCAUGACUGUCCAUGUUGCCAUUCAUAAAGCUGGUGAGCAAGGGUUGAACAUGGAAGAAGUUUCUCGAGUCAUGGUCAUGCAAGGAGAAAAAAUGGCCGAAUUUAUCGUGGAUAUGCUUCAGAUAUUUGGACUAGUCAUAAAGGUUAAUGCUUAUGAUUGUGUCCGUGCACUUGAUGCUUCAUAUGGACCUAAAUAUUUGCUUAGUUCAAUCACUGGUCACUAUCAAGAUGCAAAGCCAGCCUCCUGCUUUAAGUCUCAGGUGAUGAAUAAUGAGCGCUUUCAGACACUUCUCCAAGAAAGUCAUGAAGACAGCAACACUUUACAGCAGACUACUAUGAACCUCUGUGACGGGCAUAAAGUAACCAUUCUGGAUUUUCCUGAAGAGGGCGAUCAACCCGAUGGCAAAGCUCAGACCAAUGCAGGGGAUGACAAGCUUGAAAAUUAUAUGGAGGAAGCUUGUUCCUCAGAAGGGGUUGAGAGAGAGAGUCGCACAUCUUCAGAUGACUUGCCUACAUUUAGGCCUAUAUUACCAUGGUUGAAUGGGGAUGGCAGCACAAAUACAGUCCUUUACAGGGGCCUUACACGUAACAUUCUUGGAGCUGUGAUGCAAAAUCCGGGUAUAUCAGAGGACAAUAUUAUCAAUCGAAUGGAUGUUUUGAAUCCUCAGAGCUGCAGAAAGCUGUUGGAACUGUUGGUUUUAGACAAUCACCUCACUGUGAGGGAAAUGCAUCAAACUACAUCCAGCAACCCCCCAGCUAUACUUGGAAGCCUAGUCAGAAGCCAGCUCGGAAGCAGACCCGCAUCGGUGUUCCGAAAGCAUUUUUUCGCUAACCCAAUGUCUACGUCCCUUCUUUAGAGUGGCCUUGAAUCCUCUGCAGCAUUUCAUCUUUCUUUGUAAGUUGAUGUCAAUGUUCUUUUUUGGAAAUUUCUGUGUUUUUCAUUGCAAGGGAGUGACUCUUGCUCUGAGUGACCUUGAAUCCUCCACAGCAUUUCAUCUUUCCUUGUAAGUUGAUGUCAAUGUUCUUCUUUUAUGGAAAUUGCUUCGUGUUUUCAUUGCAAGGAAGU